AUGUACGGCGCGAGCGGAGGCCGCGCCAAAUCUGAGAGGAAAAGCGGCGCGAAGGAGGAGGCCGGGCCCGGCGCUGCCGGCGGUGGGGGAAACCGAGUGGAGUUGCUGGUUUUCGGCUAUGCCUGCAAACUCUUCCGGGACGACGAGCGGGCCCUGGCCCAGGACCAGGGACAGCAUCUCAUCCCCUGGAUGGGGGACCACAAGAUCCUCAUCGACAGAUACGAUGGGCGUGGUCACCUGUAUGACCUUUCUGAGUACGAUGCUGAGUAUUCCACCUGGAACAGAGAUUACCAGCUGUCGGAAGAGGAGGCACGAAUAGAUGCCCUGUGUAAUGAAGAGAGGUAUUUAGCCUUGCAUACGGACUUGCUUGAGGAGGAGGCAAGGCAAGAGGAAGAAUACAAGCGAUUGAGGGAAGCUCUGGCCGAGGAUGGGAGCUAUCAUGCAGUGGGGUUCAGUUAUGCCAGUGAAUACUAUGACCCCUCAGAACCCACAGAGGAAGAAGAGCCGUCCAAACAGAGAGAGAAAAACGAGGCUGAAAGUAUAGAGGAAAAUGAAGAGCCAUUCGUUGCCCCUAUAGGAUUGAAUGUCCCGCCUGACGUUGAACUGCCACCAACGGCCAAAAUGCACGCCAUAAUCGAGCGCACAGCCAACUUCGUGUGCAAGCAGGGUGCCCAGUUUGAAAUCAUGCUGAAGGCCAAGCAGGCCCGGAACUCACAGUUUGACUUCCUGAGCUUUGAUCACUACCUCAACCCCUACUACAAGCUCAUCCAGAAAGCCAUGAAAGAUGGCCGUUACACCGUGCCGGCUGAGAGCAAAAGUGAGGAGAAAAAAAAAUCGGGGAUCACCUCUGACAAUGAAGAUGACGAUGAUGAAGAAAAUGAUAAUUACCUGCAUCCGUCUCUCUUUGCUUCCAAAAAGUGCAGUCGUCUUGAAGAGCUUAUGAAGCCUUUGAAGGUGGUGGAUCCUGACCACCCUCUUGCUGCACUCGUCCGUAAAGCCCAGGCGGACAGCUCCACACCCACUUCCCAGGCGGCCGAGGGCACCACUGCACAGCCCCCUCAGGUGGAAUACACGGCAGACUCGACAGUGGCGGCCAUGUACUACAGCUACUACAUGCUGCCUGAUGGUACCUACUGCCUGGCCCCAACCCCUCCCGGGACCGAUGUGGCCACUUACUACAGUACCUUGCCUGCUGGUGUGACCGUGUCCACCUCCACUGGUGUGACGAACACUGCCCCCCCACCUCCUGGGACCACGCCGCCACCACCCCCGUCCACUGCAGAAACAAGCAGUGGAGUGACCUCUACGACCACCACAACAAGUGCCCUUGCCCCUGUGGCUGCCAUCAUCCCCCCGCCCCCAGACAUCCAACCAGUGAUUGACAAGCUGGCCGAGUAUGUGGCCCGGAACGGCGUGCACUUUGAGACCAGCGUGCGCGCCAAGAAUGACCAGAGGUUUGAGUUCCUGCAGCCCUGGCACCAGUACAAUGCGUACUAUGAGUUCAAGAAGCACGUUUUCCUUCAGAAGGAGGGGGCCGACAGCUCGCAGGCUGCAGCAGCUCGCGAGGAGGCUCCAGCUGAGUCAAUAUCUGAGAAACCCAGGGAGGCCCUGGACGAUGGGGUAUCUGAAGACGUGGCCGAGGGAGCAGCAAGAGGAGGCCCAGGGAAGAAGGAAGCAGCCUCUGGCAAAGCCAUUCCUGAUGGGAAACUGGUGAAAGCUUCCUUUGCUCCAAUAAGCUUUGCAAUCAAAGCCAAAGAGAGUGAUCUGCUUCCCCGGGAAAAAAAUCGUGUUAAGCUGGAUGAUGAUAGUGAUGAUGAUGAAGAAUGCAAGGAGGGCCAGGAAAGUGCUAGUACUGCUGCCAGCGCCAGCCCAGCCGUCGUCCUGCCCUGUGUGGUUGUUGAGGAGAAGAAGCCUCCACUCACCCAGGAGGAGCUUGAAGCAAAACAAGCAAAGCAAAAGCUGGAGGACCGCCUCGCAGCUGCUGCCCGAGAAAAGCUAGCCCAGGCCUCCAAGGAGUCAAAGGAGAAGCAGCUUCAAGCUGAGCGUAAAAGGAAAGCUGCAUUGUUUCUGCAGACCUUGAAAAACCCCCUAACAGAAGCAGAAGCUGGCAAGAUGGAGGAGAGUCUGCUCACUGUGGAGGAGGCCAGCACCUCGCCCUGUGUGCUGUCAGCUGCAGGGAGACCUCUGCCUCCUUUGGAAGAUAAACAACCAGACAGGCCUCUCAGCAGAAGCCGGGAUCCACCCCGAGAAGAAGAGAAGGAGAAGAAAAAGAAGAAGCACAAAAAACGGUCUCGGACGAGAUCCCGCUCACCCAAGUACCACUCAUCAUCUAAGUCCAGGUCCAGGUCACACUCGAAAGCCAAGCACGCCCUCCCCAGCGCCUACCGGACAGUGCGGCGGUCGAGAUCAAGAUCUAGGUCUCCUCGGAGAAGGGUGCACUCCCCGGAGCGGCGACGGGAGGACAGGGGUGUCCCCACUGCCUACCGUGUGAGCAACAGCCCCAGGGUCAGCCACAAACGGAUGCGCUCCAGAAGCCCCCAUGAGAAGAAGAAGAAGCGGCGGUCACAGUCAAGAACCAAGUCCAAGGCUCGUUCUCAGUCGGCAUCCCCGAGCAAGCAGUCUGCUCACAGGACGUCGGCACAUUCAGCUAGCAUCUCUCCUGUGGAGAGCCGGGGGUCCAGCCGGGAGCGCUCCAGGGGCGUUUCUCAGGAAAAAGACGGUCAGAUCUCCUCAGCAAUUGUCUCCUCCGUGCAGAGCAAAAGAACUCAGGACCUUAUGGCCAAAGUGAGAGCGAUGCUUGCAGCUUCCAAAACCCUGCAGACCAGUGCCUCCUGA